AACUCAUACGGAAACUACAACUCCCAGCACGCACCGCGGCACGCGCGGGCCUUUGACGUCACUGCUGCGCGACUCCCUGGAAGGCUCCCUGUCCUAGGAAACUGCGGAGGACCGCAAAGGAUUCGGCAGGAAAGGAAAAAAACCGCACCGCCAUGACGAAGCUGCUACAAUGGCUGUCAACCUUGACCCUCCUGGGUGCCAUCUGGGCAGCCCUGACGCUGAAUCUUUUGGGGCUUCACCCUCUGCCCUCACCAUUGUACCAAGUGCUGUGGCCCCUGCCUACCUACUUCCUGGUGGCGUUUGGAUGCUACUCUUUGGGCACCGUCGGGUACCGUCUGGCAACUUUCAACGACUGUGAGGACGCAGCGCGGGAACUCCAAGCCCAGAUCCGAGAAGCCCGGGACGACCUCACCCAACGCGGCCUGAAAUUCUGAUCCUAUCUGCAUUAGACUGGCUCCUGUGACCAAAGGAGGGGGGGGGAAUUAUAUACUGCCUGGACCAAUAAAAUAUCAGAGAAUGGUUGGA